CGACGCUGGUAGGUUGAGCAGUCACAGAGGGAGGAACGAGUUCAGAGCGGGGGCCAGCGUUUUUAAAACAAUAUUCUUUAUUUUAGGAACUUCCGCGGAUAAGCUUUAGUGAUUUUUAGGAAAAUAAGGUCGACUGAAGGUAAACGAAGAUGCCGCCUGCAAGGUUUCAGAUUGGAGAUACUGUAAUGGGCCGCUGGCCUGGCAGUAACCUUUAUUAUGAGGUCAAGGUGAUGAGUUUUAAUAACAAGACUCGCCUUUACACCGUCAUCUACAAAGAUGGUACUGAGCUGGAGCUGAAGGAGUCAGACAUCACGAGUCUGGUCAUUUUUCAGACUGCUGGACGGUCAAGGUCCAGAUCUCGUUCACCGGGACGCUCACCAGGACGUUCAUCGGGACGUUCACCGGGACGCCCACGUCGCAGUCGCUCCCGUUCUCCAGCUAGGACGCCGCGCAGAGCUUCAUCUCGCACCACAGAAGUGCGCAAGGAAAAACUUAAAGAAGUGCUGGAGGUCCGACUCACUCCUGUGGCGAUGAAACACGAGAACAACAGCAGCAACAGCAAACCUGAGAAGAAAGAGGAAAAUAAUACAGCUAAAACAGCUCCUGUAGUCACAGAGGAGAAGACAGAGACUGAAUCAGAGAACCAGACAGGUGGACGCUAUAAUCUACGGCGCAGGAAGGACCAGGGUGAUGGCAAGGCUGUAGAGCUGGAGAAGGCGGUAGAGUCUGAGUCGUUAUUGCAAACUAAAGCACCCGCAGCCAUCAAGACACCCGAUCUGGAGUUUGGAGGAAGAGUUGGUGUGUUUUUCCUGAUGUUUCUGCUGCCUGUGGCUGUGUUGGCGUUGCUCAUUCUCUGUGGGCAGAAGGAUGCCAGUCUCCAGAGCUUUCCUCUUGAGCUUCCCGCUCUUCAGUCUGUCUGGGAUUGCCAGGUCUUUGGCAUCGUGCUGCUCUGGCUUCUCUUCCAGGCCGUCCUCUCCUUGCUCCCUGUCGGAAAGCUUGUUGAAGGAAUGCCUCUCAAGAAUGGGAAAACUUUGAAAUACAGGAUUAAUGGUUUUUAUGCGUUACUCCUCACGGCUGUGGCAACAGGUGUGGCUGUGUACCAGGAGGUGGAUCUCAGCUACAUCCAUGCACACUUCCUGCAGUUCUACACCUCUGCCCUGCUCAUCGCAACUCUCCUCAGCGUCUACUUGUUCAUCCGCUCCCGCUGGGCAUCUAAAGAUGAGCUCGCUCCCGGAGGAAACUCUGGCUACAUCAUUUAUGACUUCUUCAUGGGCAGAGAGUUAAAUCCCCGCAUCAAAAGCUUCGAUAUCAAGUUCUUCUGUGAAAUGCGCCCAGGCCUGAUGGGUUGGGUGUUAAUCAAUUUAGCGAUGUUGCUCGCUGAAAUGAAGCAGCAGAAUCUGGAGAAUCCAUCUCCAGCCAUGCUCCUGGUCAACAUCUUCCAGCUCCUGUGGGUCAUUGAUGGCUUGUGGCACGAGGAGAAGCUGCUGACGAUGAUGGACAUAGUGUAUGAUGGCUUCGGAUUUAUGCUGACAUUUGGAGAUUUGGCUUUUGUUCCCUUUACAUUCACUUGUCAAGCAUACUAUCUAGUCAACCAUCCCAAUGAACUCUCAGUGUUCUGGAUCAUUACUCUCAUUGCUAUGAACGGAGUGGGAUACUACAUUUUCAGGAAAGCCAACUCUCAGAAGUUUGCCUUCAGGAAAAACCCUUCUGACCCGGCAUUGUCUCAUCUAAAAACUAUUCCUACUGCAACCGGAAAGAGUCUCAUUGUGUCUGGUCUCUGGGGUUUUGUCCGUCAUCCCAAUUACCUGGGGGACAUCAUCAUGGCUUUGGCCUGGUCUCUACCAUGCGGAUUCAACAAUCUGGUCCCUUAUUUUUACCUGAUCUAUUUGGUCACUCUGCUGGUGCACCGUAACGCACGGGACGAGCGUCAGUGCAGGAAAAAGUACGGCUCUGCAUGGGAAGAGUACUGCAAAGCUGUCCCGUACCGCAUUUUCCCAAGAGUAUACUGAGAACUCACAGACUCAGUCUGUUAUGGACACUCGGGGCCAAAACACCAGGAUGACACCGAACAUCAGACAGGGAAUGAGUCAUUAGCAGCUUAGCCUCCUUUUUAAAGUCUUUUAAAAACAAAAAAAUUGCAAUUGAGCACCCAAAUCAACCCAAUUUUUCGGUCACAAAACGUUUACGGAUUGUGGACACUGCCCCAGUUUGCAGAGUUUGAUCUCUUAGAUGUAUAUUAUUGUACAUAUGUGUUGUUUUUUAAACUUUUACAUUUGUGUUGCAUAAUCCUCAACUUGCCAUCUCAUCUGAUGUACACACAUAUACACAUUUUAAAGUAUUUGCUUGGCUAUUUACCAUUGACUUUUUUUUUUUUUUUAAAUCACACAUUGUGUAAUGCUUUUGUAUAUUGUGUAUGAUGGGACUUUUUUUUUUUUAUAUGUGUAUAGUAAGAAAAGAUGUAAUGUUCGUUCUCAGGACCAGCAAUUUGUGAAAAAAGACACAAAAAACAAACAAAAAAAUAAGCAAAACUAUAUUUUCCUAAUUUCUGUACAUAUUUAAUACUUUUUUUGGUUUGGUUUGCAUUUUGGCAUUGUGCACUAUGUUGAACAUCUUUUAUCCAAAGUUCACACAAUUUGGCUUUGCUACCUCAGUUUUAUUUCUGCAGAAAACCAUGUAUGAAUUAGUCUUUUCUUUUUGAGUUUAGGAAUCUGGUUUUCAGGCACUAUAUGAAGUGUAUCUUUCUCAAUCAUAAUUGUGUGCUGUGAACAAAAACAUUGAACUAUGAACUUCAAACUUGUACAAGGUAGCAUGACUUUUCAUUAGGGGUUUAAUUCAAAAAUGACAAUGCUUAACUGUGAAUGUGUAAUGUAAAGCUUUUCUUAACUUAUUCCAUCAGUCUCUCUAUUUUAAGCAAGUAAUAUCACUUGUGGGCAUAACAGUUGUCCUAAUGAGAGUUGGAAAUAAGUGUUUCUAGCUAAGAUGAGCUGUUACUUUAUAGCAGUGAAAGAAAGCGUUGUACAAUGUUAUUUAUCUGGUGUUCAAUUGUUAUUUGACUAGCAGUUUCUGUGUAAAUGCCAUUUUUAAUAUUCAUUAUUGAUUAAACCACUUUAGACAAACA